AGAUGGCGGUACACCUGUGUCGGUGUUAGGAACUGAGUACAGAAUAAUAAUAACGCUAGGCAUAUUACUACGCAAUACUUUUUAGACGUUAAGAGAGGUAACAUCGUCUCCUGAGUUUUCCUGAGUAUGUCGACAGAAGAACUGUCUGCCUCAGACAGUGAAGGUGCCUUCGCUGGUGGGGAGCGUUGGGCCCCCGUAGGAGCUGUUGCCAGCCCCGAAGAUGAGGAGUCAGGAGACGGUAAGGGGGAAGAACUGGAGCCAAGGCGCAAGGGCUCUGCAUCCGCUGGCGCCACGGAGAUGGCGUUGAAGCUCCAGAAGCUGGAGGAAGAACAGGAGCUUCUGAACUCCUCGCUGCUUGCCCUUACCUCGCAUUUUGCACAGGUGCAGUUCCGUCUGAAACAGAUCGUUCACGCGCAAAGCGACGAAAGGGAGAAGAUGCUGCUGGAGCUGGAGGACUUCGCCUUCAAAGGCUGUCCACACGUCCUUGGCUGCAGGGCGCAAGAUGCGCUUCAAUUAGAGAACUCGGAGGAACUGAGCGAGAGGGAGAAGCGGGAGCGCCUGGAGGCCCAGAGGGAGAAGCAGAAGGAGCUCAUCAUCCAACUGAAGACCCAACUCGAUGACUUGGAGAGGUUUGCCUACCAGGAGGGCAGCUACGACUCCUUACCUCAGUCCAUGGUUAUGGAGAGGCAGAGGGUCAUAAUUGAUGAGCUGAUCAAGAAGCUGGAUGUGAACCUGAACGAGGACAUUGGGAAACUGUCCCCCGAAGAGCUGCGCCAGAGGGUAGAUGCAGCCAUUGCCCAGAUUGUCAACCCAGCCCGCGUCAAGGAGCAGCUGGUGGAGCAGCUCAAGACCCAGAUCAGAGACUUGGAAAUGUUCAUUAACUUCAUACAAGAUGAAGUGGGGAACCCUCUUCUGCCUGAUGCUGAGCCUUCCCAGCGAGAGGCGACAGCUGGUCCUAGAGUGAGAGGCCCAGGAGGAAAGAGGAAAGUGGACGCGGAGCAAGCCCAGAAGGUGCGUGAGACAGGCCUGCAGCUGAUACAGCGGGCGCUGGCGGUGCUGCAGAUCUUUGCCGUCAGCCAGUUUGGCUGCGCGGCGGGGCAUGUCCCGGGUGGGGUGUGGUCCCAGAGCGGGGCUGCCCGGGACUACAGCCCUCUUCUGCAGAGGCUGGAGGGGGCAGUGGACCGCGUACGACGGGAGGCCGUCCGUCGGCAGCCCCCGGAGCAGUGUGCGGGGUCACCGUGGGCUGGCCGCGACGAGCUGACGGCCGCAGUGCGUAAGGAGCUUGCCAUGGCCCUGCGUGACCUCCUGGCCCACGGUCUCUACUCGCCCUCCCAGGGCAUGAGCCUGGUGCUGGCGCCCAUCGCCUGCCUGUUGCCCUUCAGCCCUGCCCCACAGACCAUGCACCCCUGGGAGCUCUUUGUCAAGUACUACCGCUCCAAGAACGGCCAGGCCUUCGCCGAGGCGCCAGCGCGCAAGCUCUCGCAGUCCUUCAGCCUGCCGCUAGCGGGUGUGCCGGUGACCGUCACGCCCAAGCAAUCGCUGCUGUGGGCCGUGCACACGGUGCUGCGCGAGCACGACCCUUUCAAGCGGGGCGCCGACUCCGAGUUCAAGGCGCUCGUGUGCAUGGCACUCAACGAGCAGCGCCUGGUGUCCUGGCUCAACCUGCUGUGCAAGUCGGGUGCCCUGGUGCACUCACACUACCAGCCCUGGAGCUACAUGGCCCAGACGGGUUUUGAGAGCGCCCUGCACAUCCUCAGCCAACUCAGCCGCCUCAGGUUCAACUUGCCCGUUGACCUGGCUGUUCGGCAGCUCAAGAACAUCAAGGAUGCCUUCUAAUUUCUUAGGGAGAGCAGGGGCUCUGACCCGUUCUGA